GCAGGUUUAGUCACAUAGCCCAAGGAGCUAGCCCCGUCAAGAUGUGGACCAGUGUCUGGCUAUGUGUAUUUGGUGUCCCCUUUAUAGUUGGGGCUCCAGCAAAUUUGGAUAUCGAUGAGCCAAACCAUUUCAAUGUUGAAAGUGUGGCUGGACUCUUUGAGGGUGACAUUGAUCUUGAUGGAAAUAAUCCUUUCGACAGGAACGGAGUAAAAGAUCUCAGCGAAACUUGGCCGCAUGGAGUAAUACCUUAUACCAUUUCCAGUCAUUACAGUGAUGCAACCAAAGAGACCAUUGUGAAUGCUAUGAAGGAGAUUGAAAAUGACACCCGAGUCAAUGGAAAACCUUGCAUCACCUACGUUCCCCGCACCAACCAACAUGACUAUGUCGAAGUCGCUUCAGGAUCAGGAUGCCAUUCACAUAUUGGACGUGCAGGUGGGAAGCAGAUUGUAACAAUCAGUAACGGAUGCUACAGGAAGGGAACAAUCAUGCACGAGUUCAUCCAUGCACUGGGUUUCUGGCAUGAGCAGUCAGAGACGACCCGGGACCAGUACAUCACCAUCGUGUGGAAUAACAUAGAGUCGGGAAAAGAACAUAAUUUCAAAGCCCAUCCUAGUUCUGAAUUGGACUCUUUCGGUGUUCCAUACGACUAUGAUUCGAUCAUGCAUUACAACGCAUACGAGUUCUCUAAGGACGACAACAAACCAACCAUCAUUACGAAGCAGCCAGGUGUUUUCAUUGGUCAGAGAAUCCGUCUCAGCACGCUUGACAUCAAGAAGAUCCAGAUCCUCUACGGUUGCAUACCGAGGGGCAGUUCAUAUAUGCCACCAACUGUCGGCACUCCAAAGGUUUACAGCGAUUCGUGUACAUUCCAAUCGGGCAUGUGUGACUGGCAGAAUCUUGGCAGUGACCGCACGAACUGGGUACGAAGGAAGGGCAGAACUCCAAGUGGAAGAACUGGACCAAACUAUGACCACAGCCUCAGUUAUGAAGGUUACUACAUCUACAUGGAAGCCUCGCAUCAUAGUCACUACACAGCCGUCAUGGCUUCCAAGCAGUAUCCGGCAGGGACGUACUGUGUGACCUUCUACUACCAUAUGUAUGGCCCCGAAGAGGGCAAAGUGUACCUGAGAGUUGCCCGUGGUACACAUGUACAGAACAUCCAUACAAUCAGCGGAGACCACGGCGACCUCUGGAAGAAGGCGGAAGUCCCAUACACCUCUCAUGACUCAUUCCAGUUUCAGUUUGAGGGCAUCAUUGGCUCAGGGUCCAAGAGUGACAUUGCUUUGGAUGACAUAGCAGUUCACACUGGUGCUUGUCCAAGCGGGGGUGGCAUCAUUGGUUGAACAGACUGUAUCGCCUUGUGUAAUUGAUGAAUCGAAGUUUACAAUAAAAAUAUGAUCUGA